UUGGUCAGCUUUCAGAUCCUUUCAGUCAUUUUUAGAAACGAUUAACUGAGCAUAAAACAAGAAUGCAGUGGACAGUCGACAUCAUCUUAGCAGCUGCAGUGUUCUGCCUGGUUUCAUCAGGCCAGCUGUAUUUAGGAAAAGUGACCACCGACAAAGAAGUAGCUGAAGAAGGGGAGACAGUGAUGUUCAAAUGUCGAGUACCAACAAGCCACCUAAAUGAGUCGGAAAAUGGAGCCUUCUAUUUAUUUAAAGAUGGCCGUGAAGUCCAAACCCAACCAGGACUGAAAGAAUUGGGAGCUGCCACUUUUAUACUUCAUCUCGUUACUGUGGAGGAGACCGGGAGUUACUCGUGUGCUUAUGGAGAAGAGAGUCCAGGAGGACUAAACAUUACAAACAAUAAAUCUGUUAGUCUGAAAGUUAAAGACUCACAGGUCUUGUUCCUCCAUUACAGAGAAAAAGAGAAUUCAAUUUUGGAUGAGGAUGCGGAGUUUACAUGCUUGUUCCAUAAAGAUAAAAGAAUAACCCCUUUUAAAGGCGGUCAAUUUGAACUCUACAAAGAUGGUGUGCUUCUCGCCUCACAGCCAAUGGGCAGCAUAUCAGCCACCACAUUUAAAAUAAAGAACCAUACAAGGAACAGUAAAGGGACCUACGUGUGCUCCUUCAGACUGGGAGACACUCACAUCAUAAAGAGUCCGCCUGUCACUCUCUGGAAUGGUGCUACGGUUGCCACUCCUGUUAAGUACACAUCAAGAAAAGGUUUCUAUCUGAUGUGCAUAUUUGGACUUGUAGUCUUGUUGCUGAUAGCAGGAGGAAUUCUCAUUUGUGUCCAUUGCAGACAAGGUUUCCAACGCAAAAAUCAGCAGGUGCAGAGUAAUGAAGAUCCAUCAACUAUUUAUUCAUAUAUACAGGACAACGCAUGUGACGCCAGUGCACAGCAAAGAAAACCAACUGGUACUGAGUUGUAUUCCCAGGUCAUAAAAAAGUCUAGGACUCGUACUGUGCUGACAUGAGGAAACAACCGCAUGCUGAAGCUGGAAUCGCUGCACUAUAUCGCAAUGCUCAGAUGAAAUUUUUGAUCAUAAGAUGGACAUGUAGCGUCGUCUCAUUGGCACUAAGUCAAUAAACAUACCGUGUCCUUAAAAGGUUUUGAUGGUAAAUGCCGGACCUUUUGGGAAAUAAACAGAAAGAUAAUGUGGUUCCCUAGGGUUUUGCUUAUGUUUUAACUGUCAGUUCUUUUUGAUAGGCUUCUUUUAAGAAUAACUAUAA